AAACUUUAUUAAUAUUAUCAUUACAUUGAAAUAAAUUUUGUACGACUAUUAUUUUUUUUAAAUAAGAUUAUAGAUAUAAUAAAAUAGAUUGAUAACUUUUCGAAAAUGAAAAUGGCAAUUAUACUAAAUAUUCAAGUGUACUUAUGUAUGUUUUUCGCUGUUUUAGAUAUUGAAGGAUUACAUAAUAAAAAAGAAAAAGCGGCUAUCAUAAAUGAUUUUUUACUUCAACCAGGAUGGAAAAGUAUAAAUGAUGUGGAAUUUAUUAAUUAUUGGAGACAAAAAUAUGUACUGAAAAAUUUAUUUAUUGAACCUGUAACAUUAUAUAAUUGCGAUAAUUACAUACGGCAAGCAACGAUAUUUCUUGGAUGUUCUUACUAUCAUGAUUUAAAAUUAAUAUUUUUAUCAUUAAUUAAAUUACAAGAACAAUGUUUACAUCUAUUACAUUCUUGCGAUGAUAGUGCGCACAAUUGUACAGUCACACUUUUAACAAAAAUGAUUGAAAUUGUUCCGAUGGCAAAAUUUAUGAAAGGAGCGUUAUAUGCAAUAGAAAAAUAUCAUAAUAGUCCCUUGAACACCCUAACAAGAACCCGUUUUAUUUUAAGCAGUUUACUAACAAAUAUACAGGAAGAUGAAAGUUUAUUGACUACAUUGAGAAUCAGUUCGGAUUCAAUUAGAGAUGUAUUAGAAACAAUCGCGAAAAUAUUAUUCGCAAGACGUCUUGAACUUGAUGAAGAAAAGUUAUUUUGUCAACUAAAAUAUUUAGAUUUUAAUUCAUUGUGCAAUUUAUGGAAUAUGGAAUUUAAUAACUUAAAAUAUCAAGGAAAAUACCAUGAAUUUUUCAUUUUUCUUAGUGAUAAAAUAAAAAAUUUAAUCCUAACGACAAUCAGAAAAAAGUAUAUUGAACUUGGAUUUAAAUAUGAUUCGUCCACAAGUGAGACAUUUUUACUUGGUUUACCACCUACUAAUGUCAAAGAAGAUAUCGCACAAAAGUUUACAAUAAAUUUUGUACAAAAUACCAAUGAAGUAAAUCCGCAAGAAGAAAAUAAGCAACAUGAUAUCGCACAAAAAUUUACAAUAAAUUUUGUACAAAAUACCAAUGAAGUAAAUGCGCAAGAAGAAAAUCAGCAACAUGAUCUUACAAAAUAUCCUUCGAUACUACAUACCAAUGAUGUAGAGAAUAAAGAAGGCAUUCAACAAGAAAAAAAUGCGGUCAUCAUAAAUGAUUUUCUACGUCAACCAGGUUGGAAUAAUAUAAAUGAUGUUGAAUUAAUUAAGAAUUGUGGCAAAAACUAUGAACUGAAAAAUUUAUUUAUUGAACCUGUAACAAUACAUAAUUGUGAUAAUUUCAUACGGCAAGCAACAAUAUUCCUUGGAUGUUCUUACUAUCAUGAUUUAAAUUUAAUAUUUUUAUCAUUAAUUAAAUUACAAGAAACUUGUUCUGGUCUAUUAAUUUCUGGCGAUGAUAGUGUGCACAAUUGUAUAGUAAUACUUUUAACAAAAAUGAUUAAAAUGGUUCCCAUGGCAAAAUAUAUGAAAGGAGCGUUAUAUGCAAUAGAUAAAUAUCAUAAUAAUCCCUUGAACACCCUCAAAAGAACCCGUUUUAUUUUAAGUGGUAUACUAACAAAUAUACAGCAAAAUGAAACUUUAUUGACUACGUUAAGAAUCAGUUCGAAUUCAAUUAGAGAUGUAUUAGAUACUAUUGCGAAAAUAUCAUACGCAUGGCUUCUUAAACUUGAUGAAGAUAAGUUAUAUUGUCAACUAAAAUAUUUAGAUUUUAAUUCAUUGUGCAAUAUAUGGAAUAUGGAAUUUAAUAACUUAAAAUAUCAAGGAAAAUACCGUGAAUUUUUCAUUUUUCUUAGUGAUAAAAUUAGAAAUUUAAUCCUAACGACAAUCAUGAAAAAGUAUAUUGAACUUGGAUUUAAAUAUGACUGGAACACAAGUCAGACUUUUUUACCUGCUCUACCACCUACCAAUGUCAAGCAAGAUAUCGCACAAAAGUUUACAAUAAAUUUUGUACAAAAUACCAAUGAAGUAAAUGCGCAAGAAGAGAAUCAACAACAUUAUUACACAAGUCAGACUAUUUUACCUAGUCUACGUCUUACCGAUUUCGAGCAAAGUAUCGCACAAAAUUGUACAAUAAAUUUUAUACAAAACAUCAAUGAAGUAAAUGCGCAAGAAGAAAUUCAGCAACAUGAUCUUACAAAAUAUCCUUCUUUACUAAAUACGAAUGUUGUAGAGAAAAAAGAAAGCAUUCAACAAGAAAAAAACGCGGUCAUCAUAAAUGAUUUUCUACGUCAACCAGGUUGGAAUAAUAUAAAUGAUGUUGAAUUAAUUAAGAAUUGUGGCAAAAACUAUGAACUGAAAAAUUUAUUUAUUGAACCUGUAACAAUACAUAAUUGUGAUAAUUUCAUACGGCAAGCAACAAUAUUCCUUGGAUGUUCUUACUAUCAUGAUUUAAAUUUAAUGUUUUUAUCAUUAAUUAAAUUUCAACAACAUUGUUCUGAUCUAUUAUAUUCUGGCAAUGAUAGUGUGUAUAAUUGUACAGUCACACUUUUAACAAAAAUUAUUGAAAUGGUUCCAUUGGCAAAAUAUAUGAAAGGAGCUUUAUAUGCAAUAGAAAAAUAUCAUAUUAGACCCUUGAACACCCUGAAAAAGACCCGUUUUAUUUUAAGCAGUAUACUAUCAAAAAUACAGAAAGAUGAAACAUUAUUGACUGUGUUGAAAAACAAAUCGGAUUCCAUUAGUGAAAUAUUAAUGACUAUCGCGAAAUUAUUAUACGCAAGGCGUUUUAAACUAGAUCGAAAUAAGUCAUUUUGUGUACUAAAACAAUUAGAUUUUAAUUCAUUAUGGAAUUCAUGGAAUAUAGAAUUCAAUACAUUAUUUUACGAAGGAAAAUAUCAAGAACUCUUCAUUUUUCUUAGUGAUAAAAUUAGAAAAUUAAACAUAACGAUAAUCAGAAAAAAGUAUAUUGAACUUGGAUUUAAAUAUGAUUCGUCCACAAGUCAGACAUUUUUACUUGCUUUACCAUCUACUAAUGUCAAAGAAGAUAUCGCACAAAAGUUUACAAUAAAUUUUGUACAAAAUACCAAUGAAGUAAAUGCGCAAGAAGAAAAUCAGCAUUUUGAUCUUACAAAAUAUCCUUCGAUAUUACAUACCAAUGAUGUAGUGAAUAAAGAAGGUAUUCAACAAGAAAGAAAACAUAGUAAAAAAGAAAACGCGACUAUCAUUAAUAAUUUUCUACGUCAACCAGGAUGGAGUAAUAUAAAUGAUGUCGAAUUAAUUAAGUAUUGUGGCAAAAACUAUGAACUGAAAAAUUUAUUUAUUGAACCUGUAACAAUACAUAAUUGUGAUAAUUUCAUACGGCAAGCAACAAUAUUCCUUGGAUGUUCUUACUAUCAUGAUUUAAAAUUAAUAUUUUUAUCAUUAAUUAAAUUACAAGAACAUUGUUCUGAUCUAUUAAAUUCUGGCAAUGAUAGUACGUAUAAUUGUACAGUUACACUUUUAAUAAAAAUGGUUGAAAUUGUUCCGAUGGCAAAAUAUAUGAAAGGAGCGUUAUAUGCAAUAGAAAAAUAUCAUAUUAAUCCCUUAAACUUACAAAAAAAAAUCCGUUUUAUUUUAAGUAGUAUACUAACAAAAAUACAGAAAGAUGAAACUUUAUUGACUACGUUGAAAAUAAGUUCGGAUUCAAUUAGAGAUGUAUUAGUAACUAUUGCGAAAAUAUUAUCUGCAAGGAGUCUUGAACUUGAUGAAAAUAACUCAUUUUGUCUACUAAAACAAAUAGAUUUUAAUUCAUUAUGGAAUUUAUGGAAUAUAGAAUUGAACACAUUAAUAUAUGAAGGAAAAUAUCAAAAACUUUUCAUUUUUCUUAGUGAUAAAAUUAGAAAUUUAAUCCUAACGACAAUCAGAAAAAAGUAUAUUGAACUUGGAUUUAAAUUUGAUUAUUACACAAGUCAGACUAUUUUACCUGGUCUACGUCCUACCGAUUUCAAGCAAGGUAUCGAUCAAAAUUUUACAAUAAAUUUUAUACAAAACCCCAAUGAAGUAAAUGCGCAAGAAGAAAUUCAGCAUUAUGAUCUUACAAAAUAUCCUUCAUUACUACAUACGAAUGUUGUAGAGAAAAAAGAAGGCAUUCAACAAGAAAAUGUCAAUUGUGACUUUAGAGAUGAUUCAGUCUUACUAAUUGAAUAUCCUGAGGAUAUUACAAAAUAUCCUUCGAUACCAUAUACCAAUAAUGUAGAGAAACAAGAAGACAUUAGACAAGAAAAUGUCAAUUGUGAAUUGAAAGAUGAUUCAGCCGUACUAAUUGAAUAUCCUAAGGGUAUGGAACCAUUUAAUAAGUAUCUUUAAAUUAAUUUUCUUGUGCUAAAUUUUUCUCAUAGUUCCAUUAACAUAUACAAUAAUUGUGUUAAUUUAAUUUAAAUGCAUGUUUUAAAUAUUUAAUAAAAAAACAGAAUUCAUUAUUAUUAGCAAUAUUAUUAUAAGUAUAUUAAAAAAAUGUGCGUUACUUAUACUUUUACAUUAAUAAUAACAAAAAUAAAAUACAACACAAAUCCUAGAACAAUAUAAAAACAACAAUGUUACCACUGUAAUAGU